AAAUCGCGCUGCCUCGCUCAUCAACCUGUGAGAAUGUAAUACCUUUCUAGGAUAACAACUAUCGUCCUCCAUGAACGCGACUCAAACAGUAGACUCGGAAUAAUCAUGUCUGCUCAACCAAUUCCUACCCUCUACAUCAACAAUCUCAAUGAUAAAAUCAACAAGGAUGAAAUGCGUACUCAACUAUAUGCCCUUUUCACCACAUUCGGCAAGGUUAUUGAUGUCAUCGCGUCAAAAGGUCCAAAGAUGAGGGGUCAGGCAUUCCUCGUCUUCACAGAUUUAGCAUCCGCGACUACCGCUAUGAGAGCCUGCGAGGGUAUGGUGUUUUAUGACAAGCCAAUGCGCAUCACCUACGCGAAAUCGAAAUCAUACGCUACUUCGCGAAGGGAAGAUCCCAACUUUGUCCCUCCAACAUCUGUUCAUGCAAACCAGGAUCUCGCUAUGCUUGCAAAAGUUACUGUUUCGACAACUGAUAAGCGCCGGCGCGAUGGGGAUAUGGCAGAUGGACAACCAAAGCCCAAACGUGAAAAGUCAGAGGACGAUAGUGAUGGUGAAGAAAUGGAGAUUGAUGAAGAUGAGGAACCCGCUCCACAACUAAAACCUCUAGCCACCAUUCCGCCGCCUACACAACAUCCAUCCGCAAGAUUGUUUUGCACGAAUCUCCCUCAAGAGGUCACAGACGAUGUACUCUCUGUGCUAUUCCAACAGCGAGUACUCAUUCCUUUUAUAUCCAAGUCAUUCACGAAUGCUGCAAACAGGUACAAGGGUUUUCAAUCAACACACGUCGCUCAAUCACCAACUCCAAAUGCCGCUGGUGCGAGCGUAAAGAUGGCUCAAGUUUUCUUCGACUCCCCCGAACUUGCAUCGACCGCAAAAGACGCCCUAGAUGGCUUCACACUAAAAAGGGGCUGGAACAUGUCUGUAGCCUAUAUUUAA